AUGCACACAGCCGGGCCCCCCGGGAUCGGCUCCCGCGCGCGCCGGACAGCCAACGCCACCAGCUUUCAGCCAAUACCUCCGCCGCCGCCGCCCCGGCUGCUGCUGCUGCUGCUGCUUCUCCUGUCACCGGUAAGCCGCGUCGCAGCACAGCCCGCUGCCACCGGCCGGGCGUUGCUGUCCCCGGGUCUCGCGGGGGCUGCGGGGGGCCCUGCCGAGGAGGCCAUAGUGUUGGCGAACCGCAGACUCCGGGUGCCCUUCGGCCGUGAAGUCUGGCUGGAUCCGCUGCACGACCUGGUGUUGCAGGUGCAACCGGGGGACCGCUGUUCGGUGACCGUGCUAGACAACGACGCGCUGGCCCAGCGGCCAGGCCGCCUUAGUCCCAAGCGCUUCCCGUGUGACUUCGGCCCCGGCGAGGUGCGCUACUCGCACCUAGGCGCGCGCAGUCCUUCGCGGGACCGCGUCCGCCUGCAGCUGCGUUACGACGCGCCCGGAGGGGCGAUAGUGCUGCCGUUGGUGCUGGAGGUGGAGGUGGUCUUCACCCAGCUGGAGGUUGUGACUCGGAACUUGCCUUUGGUCGUGGAAGAACUGCUGGGGACCAGCAAUGCCCUGGACGCGCGGAGCCUGGAGUUCGCCUACCAGCCCGAGACGGAGGAAUGCCGCGUGGGCAUCCUGUCCGGCUUGAGCGCGCUGCCGCGCUAUGGAGAGCUCCUCCACUACCCGCAGGUCCCUGGAAGUGCCAGACAGGGAGGCGUCCCGGAGCCUCUCCUGAUGGACUGUAAAGCUUUCCAGGAGCUAGGCGUGCGCUAUCGCCACACAGCCCCCAGUCGCUCACCAAACAGGGAUUGGGUGCCCAUGGUAGUGGAGCUGCGUUCUCGAGGGGCUCCUGUGGGCAGCCCGGCUUUGAAACGCGAGCACUUCCAGGUGCUGGUGAGGAUCCGAGGAGGGACCGAGAACACUGCGCCCAAGCCCAGUUUUGUGGCCAUGAUGAUGAUGGAGGUGGACCAGUUUGUACUGACUGCCCUGACCCCGGACAUGCUGGCAGCUGAGGAUGCUGAGUCUACCCCUGACCUGCUGAUCUUCAACCUCACCUCUCCGUUCCAGCCUGGACACGGCUACUUGGUGAGCACCGAUGAUCGCAGCCUGCCCCUCUCCUCCUUCACUCAGAGGGAUCUGCGCCUCUUAAAGAUUGCCUACCAGCCCCCCUCUGAAGACUCGGACCAGGAGCGUCUCUUUGAACUGGAGCUGGAGGUGGUGGACCCGGAAGGAGCAGCCUCAGACCCCUUUGCUUUCAUGAUAGUGGUGAAGCCCAUGAACACACUGGCUCCGGUUGUCACCCAGAACACUGGACUUAUUCUCUAUGAGGGUCAGUCUCGGCCGCUCACAGGCCCCACAGGCAGUGGACCACAAAACUUGAUCAUCAGUGAUGAGGACGACCUAGAAGCAGUGAGGCUGGAGGUCGUGGCUGGGCUCCGGCAUGGUCACCUCGUCAUUGUGGGUGAUUCUAGUGGCAACACUGCUCCCAAGACCUUUACAGUGGCUGAGCUGGCAGCCGGCCACGUGGUGUACCAGCAUGAUGACAGAGAUGGCUCACUGAGUGACAACCUGGUGCUUCGCAUGGUGGACGGAGGAGGCAGGCACCAGGUACAAUUUCUGUUCCCCAUCACCUUAGUGCCUGUGGACGACCAGCCACCUGUCCUUAAUGCCAACACGGGGCUGACACUGGCAGAGGGUGAAACAGUGCCCAUACUGCCCGUUGCUCUGAGUGCAACUGACAUGGAUUCAGAUGACUCUCUGCUGCUUUUUGUGCUGGAGUCGCCCCCCUCAGCUGCAGGGCAUCUGCUUCUCCGUCUAACUCAUCCUCCCCACGAGGAGCAGGAGCUUCUCAGGGGCCUUUGGAGGAAGCAGGGAGCAUUCUAUGAGCGAACAGUGACAGAGUGGCAGCAGCAGGACAUAACGGAAGGGAGGCUGUUCUACAGGCACUCUGGGCCCCAUAGUCCUGGACCAGUCAUGGACCAAUUCACCUUUAGAGUCCAGGAUAACCAUGACCCCCCUAACCAGUCCGGGCUGCAGAGGUUUGUGGUACGCAUUCAUCCUGUGGACCGCCUCCCUCCAGAGCUGGGCAGCGGCUGUCCCCUUCGAAUGGUGGUGCAGGAAUCCCAGCUCACACCACUGAGGAAGAAGUGGCUGCGCUACACUGACACAGACACAGAUGAUCGAGAACUGCGUUACACAGUGACCCAGCCCCCCGUGGACACAGAUGAAAACCACUCUCCAGCCCCACUGGGCACCUUGGUACUGACUGACAACCCCUCAGUCGUGGUGACCCAUUUUACCCAAGCCCAGAUCAACCACCAUAAAAUUGCUUACAGACCCCCAAGUCAGGAGCUGGGAGUGGCUGCUCGGGUGGCCCAGUUCCAGUUCCAGGUGGAGGACCGAGCUGGGAAUUGGGCUCCAGGCACCUUCACCCUUUAUUUGCAGCCAGUGGACAACCAGCCACCUGAGAUCCUCAACACCGGCUUCACUGUUGAGGAGAAGGGCCACCACACCCUGAGGGAGACCGAGCUGCAUGUGAAUGAUGUAGACACUGAUGCUGCCCACAUCACGUUCACUCUCACACAGGCACCCAAACAUGGCCACAUGCGAGUAUCUGGACAGGUACUGCAUGUACGGGGGCUCUUCCACUUGGAGGACAUAAAACAGGGCCGAAUUUCCUAUGCCCAUAACGGAGAUGCGUCCCUGACUGACAGCUGCUCCUUGGAGGUCAGCGACAGACACCAUGUGGUGCCCAUCACUCUCAGAGUGAAUGUCCGGCCAGUGGACGAUGAGGUGCCCAUGCUCAGCCUUCCUACUGGCACUCUAGAGUCCUAUCUAGAUGUCUUAGAAAACGAGGCUACUGAAAUCACUGCCAAUGUUAUUAAGGGGACUGAUGAGGACACCGAUGAUUUGAUGUUGACCUUCCUAUUGGAAGAUCCGCCCUUGUAUGGGGAAAUACUGGUCAAUGGAGUACCAGCAGAGCAGUUUACCCAAAGGGACAUUUUGGAGGGCUCUGUCGUCUAUGCGCAUACCAGUGGUGAGAUAGGCCUAUUACCCAAAGCAGACUCUUUUAACUUGAGUCUGUCAGAUACAUCUCAAGAAUGGAGAAUCAGUGGCAAUGCUAUCCGAGGAGUUACUGUGUGGGUGACCAUCCUCCCUGUCGACAACCAGGCCCCAGAAAUUUCUGUGGGUGAACGGUUUAUAGUAAUGGAAGGUGAUAAAAGUGUUAUAACCUCCAGGCAUAUAAGUGCUGAAGAUAUUGAUUCCCUGAAUGAUGACAUCUUAUGCACUGUAGUGAUACAGCCUACCUCAGGUUAUGUUGAAAACAUUUCUCCAGCACCAGGCUCUGAGAAAUCAAGAGCAGGGAUUGCCAUCAGUGCCUUCACUCUGAAAGAUCUCAGGCAGGGUCACAUUAACUAUGUCCAGAGUGUUCAUAAAGGGGUGGAACCUGUGGAGGACCGAUUCGUAUUUCGGUGUUCUGAUGGCAUUAACUUUUCAGAGAGACAUUUUUUCCCCAUUGUAAUCAUUCCCACCAAUGAUGAGCAGCCGGAAAUAUUUAUGAGAGAAUUUAUGGUGAUGGAAGGCAUGAGUUUGGUGAUCGAUACACCUAUUCUCAAUGCAGCUGACGCUGACAUUCCACCGGAUGAUUUAACUUUCACUAUUACCCAAUUUCCUACUCAUGGUCACAUCAUGAACCAGCUGAUAAAUGGCACGGUUUUGGUUGAAAGCUUCACCUUGGACCAGAUCAUAGAGAGCUCCAGCAUUAUUUAUGAGCAUGAUGACUCUGAGACCCAGGAAGACAGUUUUGUGAUUAAAGUAACAGAUGGCAGGCACUCUGUGGAAAAGAUGGUCCUCAUUAUAGUUAUCUCUGUGGAUGAUGAGACUCCCAGAAUGGCCAUCAAUAACGGACUAGAAAUAGAAAUUGGAGAAACCAAAAUUAUCAACAACAAAAUAUUAAUGGCAACUGAUUUAGACUCUGAUGACAAAUCUUUGGUUUAUAUUAUCCGUUAUGGGCCGAGACAUGGCUUGUUACAGAAACGAAAACCUACAGGUGCCUUUGAAAAUAUCACACUGGGCAUGAAUUUUACCCAGGAUGAAGUGGACAGAAACUUAAUUCAGUAUGUCCAUUUUUGGCCAGAAGGCAUUCGGGACCUAAUUAAGUUUGAUGUGACUGAUGGAAUAAAUGCCCUCAUAGACCGCUAUUUUUAUGUGUCCAUCAGGAGCAUUGACAUUGUCUUCCCUGAUGUGAUAAGUAAGGGAGUGUCCUUGAAAGAAGGUGGCAAGGUCACUCUCACAACAGACUUACUAAGCACUAGUGACUUGAACAGUCCUGAUGAAAACUUAGUUUUUACCAUCACCAGGACUCCCAUGAGAGGUCACUUAGAGUGCACAGAUCAACCUGGAGUGUCCAUUACAUCUUUUACUCAGCUCCAACUGGCUGGCAACAAAAUCUACUACAUCCACACAGCUGAUGAUGAGGUAAAGAUGGACAGUUUUGAGUUUCAAGUCACUGAUGGACAUAACCCUGUCUUCCGGACAUUCCGUAUCUCCAUUAGUGAUGUGGACAACAAAAAGCCAGUGGUCACCAUCCAUAACCUGGUUGUCAGCGAAAGUGAAAACAAGCUGAUCACUCCCUUUGAACUCACUGUUGAAGACAGAGACACUCCUGACAAACUCCUGAAAUUUACUGUCACCCAGGUGCCUGUUCAUGGUCAUCUCCUAUUCAACAAUAGCAGACCUGUUAUGGUUUUUACGAAACAAGACUUGAAUGAAAACUUAAUCAGCUACAAACAUGAUGGCACUGAGUCAAGUGAAGACAGCUUCUCCUUCACAGUGACUGAUGGCACCCAUACAGACUUCUAUGUUUUUCCUAAUACAGUAUUUGAAACAAGGAGACCCCAAGUGAUGAGGAUCCAGGUCUUAGCUGUUGACAAUAGUGUUCCCCAAAUUGCAGUGAACAAAGGGGCCUCUAUGCUUCGUACUCUGGCCACUGGCCACUUGGGAUUCAUGAUCACAAGCAAAAUAUUGAAAGUAGAGGACAGAGACAGCCUACACUUUUCUCUUAAAUUUAUUGUGACAGAGGCUCCUCAACAUGGAUAUCUCCUCAACCUGGGCAAAGGCAACCACAGCAUCACUCAGUUUACUCAAGCUGACAUUGAUGACAUGAAAAUAUGCUAUGUCUUAAGAGAAGGGGCUAAUGCCACAAGUGAUAUAUUCCAUUUUGCAGUUGAAGAUGGUGGUGGAAACAAGUUAACCAAUCAACAUUUUCGUCUGAAUUGGGCAUGGAUCUCCUUUGAAAAGGAAUAUUACCUGAUCAAUGAGGACUCCAAAUUUCUAGAUGUUGUUCUUAAACGCAGAGGUUACUUGGGAGAAACUUCUUUUAUAAGUAUUGGCACCAGAGAUGGCUCUGCAGAAAAAGACAAAGAUUUCAAGGGCAAAGCACAAAAACAAGUGCAGUUCAACCCAGGCCAGACCAGGGCCACAUGGAGGGUGCGGAUCCUGAGCGAUGGGGAGCAUGAGCAGUCUGAGACCUUCCAGGUGGUACUCUCAGAGCCGGUGCUGGCUGCCCUGGAAUUCCCCUCAGUGACCACCGUGGAGAUCGUUGACCCGGGAGAUGAGUCAACUGUAUUUAUUCCCCAGUCUGAAUACUCCAUUGAAGAAGAUGUUGGUGAACUAUUCGUCCCCAUCAGGAGAAGUGGAGAUGUCAGGCAGGAGUUAAUGGUGAUCUGUUAUACCCAACAAGGAACGGCUACCGGAACUGUGCCGACUUCAGUGUUGUCUUAUUCUGAUUACAUAUCCAGGCCUGAGGACCACACCAGUGUCAUCCGCUUUGACAAAGACGAAAAGGAGAAAAUGUGUCGGAUAGUCAUUAUCGAUGACUCCUUGUACGAAGAGGAGGAAACAUUCCGUGUCCUGCUGAGCAUGCCCAUGGGUGGGAGAGUCGGAUCAGAGUUCCCAGAGGCUCGGGUUACAAUCGUCCCUGACAAAGACGAUGAACCCGUCUUCUACUUUGGUGACGUCAAGUACUCUGUGGACGAGAGUGCCGGCUACGUGGAGGUGCAGGUGUGGAGAACGGGCACUGACCUGUCCAGGUCUUCUAGUGUCAUGGUGAGGUCUCGGAAAACAGAUCCUCCCUCUGCAGAAGCUGGAGCAGACUAUGUGGGCAUCAGUCGUAAUUUAGAUUUUGCACCUGGAGUCAACAUGCAGACUCUUCGUGUUACCAUUCUCGAUGACCUUGGACAACCAGUGCUGGAAGGAAUUGAGAGAUUUGAACUGGUGCUUCGUAUGCCUAUGAACGCAGCCCUCGGCGAGCCCAGCAAAGCCACAGUGUCCAUAAAUGACUCUGUCUCUGAUUUGCCUAAAAUGCAAUUCAAAGAACGAGUAUAUACUGGCAGUGAAAGUGAUGGGCAGAUAAUUGCAAUGAUCCACAGGAGUGGCGAUGUCCAGUACAGGUCUUCAGUGAGGUGCUACACGCGGCAGGCGUCUGCACAGGUGAUGAUGGACUUUGAAGAACGCCCAAACACUGACAUCUCCACCAUCACUUUCCUCCCCGGUGAGACUGAAAAGCCUUGUGUCCUUGAGCUGAUGGAUGACGUCCUCUAUGAGGACCUGGAGGAGCUCCGCCUGGUACUCGGCACUCCACAAAGCAACUCUCCUUUUGGGGCGGCAGUUGGUGAACUAAAUGAAACUCUGAUAAGGAUCCGAGAUGACGCUGAUAAGAGUGUUAUUAAAUUUGGAGAAACCAAGUUUAGCGUCACUGAACCCAAAGAGCCAGGAGAGUCAGUGGUUAUAAAAAUUCCAGUGAUUCGCCAAGGAGACACUUCGAAGGUUUCCAUUGUGAGAGUCCACACCAAGGACGGGUCAGCCACCUCAGGAGAGGACUAUCACCCUGUGUCGGAAGAAAUUGAGUUUAAAGAAGGAGAAACCCAGCACAUUGUUGAAAUUGAAGUAAUUUUCGAUGGGGUAAGAGAAAUGAGAGAGGCCUUCACUGUUCACCUAAAACCUGAUGAAAAUAUGAUAGCAGAAACGCAGGUGACCAAAGCCAUUGUAUAUAUAGAAGAAAUGAACAGCAUGGCAGAUGUCACUUUUCCUUCUGUCCCUCAAAUUGUGUCCUUGCUGAUGUAUGAUGACACUUCCAGAGCUAAAGAGAGUGCUGGGCCUGUGUCUGGCUAUCCUGUUGUCUGCGUCACAGCUUGCAACCCCAAAUAUUCAGACUAUGACAAAACAGGCUCUAUUUGUGCAAGUGAGAGCAUCAAUGACACUUUGACCCGGUACCGAUGGCUGAUCAGUGCUCCCGCAGGCCCUGAUGGCGUGACCAGCCCCAUGAGAGAAGUGGACUUCGACACCUUUUUCACUUCAUCCAAGAUGAUCACAUUAGACUCCAUAUACUUUCAGCCUGGCUCCCGGGUGCAGUGUGCGGCCCGUGCUGUCAACGCCAACGGGAAUGAAGGCCUGGAGCUGAUGAGCCCUAUUGUAACCAUCAGCAGAGAAGAAGGUCUUUGCCAGCCCCGUGUGCGUGGGGUAGUGGGGGCAGAGCCGUUCUCAGCGAAACUGCGCUACACAGGCCCCGAGGACCCAGACUACUCAAACCUUAUCAAGCUUACUGUCACGAUGCCACACAUAGACGGCAUGCUCCCUGUAAUCUCCACUAGAGAGCUUUCCAACUUUGAGCUGACCCUCAGCCCUGAUGGGACAAGAGUUGGAAACCACAAGUGCUCCAAUCUACUGGAUUAUACUGAAGUGAGGACCCACCAUGGCUUCUUGACUGAUGCGACAAAAAACCCAGAAAUAAUUGGAGAGAUGUAUCUUUAUCAGUACAGCUCAGCCAUCCGAGGUUCCAGUACCUUACGCUUCUACAGAAACCUGAACCUGGAGGCCUGUCUGUGGGAGUUUGUCAGCUACUAUGACAUGUCUGAACUCCUCACCGACUGUGGAGGCACCAUCGGAACAGAUGGACAGGUCCUAAACCUAGUUCAGUCUUAUGUGACCCUUCGGGUCCCUCUGUAUGUUUCCUACGUGUUCCAUUCCCCCGUGGGGGCAGGAGGCUGGCAGCAUUUUGACUUGAAGUCCGAGCUUCGUCUAACUUUUGUGUACGACACUGCCAUCUUGUGGAACGAGGGGAUUGGCAGCCCCCCAGAAGCCGAGCUCCAAGGUUCUCUCUAUCCAACCAGCAUGCGCAUCGGUGAAGAGGGGCGCUUGGCCGUGCACUUCAAGACGGAGGCUCAAUUCCAUGGCUUGUUUGUGCUGUCACAUCCGGCAUCCUAUACGAGCUCAAUGAUCAUGUCAGCUGACCAUCCCGGGCUUACGUUUUCCCUCCGCCUCCUGAGGAGUGAACCAACCUAUAACCAGCCAGUACAGCAAUGGAGCUUUGUCUCUGACUUCGCGGUACGUGACUACUCAGGCACCUAUACUGUGAAACUGCUGCCAUGUACCACCCCAUCACAUCAGGAGUACCGCCUGCCAGUCACCUGCAACCCCAGAGAGCCUGUCACCUUUGACCUUGACAUCCGAUUCCAACAGGUCAGUGAUCCAGUGGCGGCUGAGUUUAGCUUGAACACCCAAAUGUACCUACUGUCUAAGAAGAGCCUCUGGUUGUCUGAUGGAUCCAUGGGAUUUGGUCAAGAGAGUGAUGUUGCUUUUGCAGAAGGAAAACAUUCUGCCUUUGCAAAAGUUGGCAUGAUCUACAGCAAUCAUCAUUUUCCUUAUUGCUUAAAGGACAAAGCUCAGCCAGAGACACAAGCCACCAGUUUUGGAAAUGUCCUGUUUAAUGCCAAACUAGCAGUGGAUGACCCAGAAGCUAUUCUCUUAGUGAAUCAGCCUGGAUCUGAUGGAUUUAAAAUUGACUCAACACCACUCUUUCAGGUCACUCUGGGACGAGAAUGGUACAUACACGCCAUCUACACGGUAAGAUCAAAAGACAAUGCCAAUCGAGGUAUUGGGAAAAGAAGUGUGGAGUACCAGUACCACUCUCUGGUGGGUCAAGGGAAGACGCAGGCAACUACCAAGAGCCGGAAGAAGAGGGAGACCAGGAGCACAUCCCCACUGGCGUGGGAAAUCGGUGCUGAAAACAACCGAGGAACAAACAUCCAGCACAUUGCCCUGGACCGCACGCACAAGAGGCAGAUCCCGCAAGGGAGAGUUCCUCCCGACGGCAUCCUCCCUCGCGAGCUCAACAGUCCCAGCUCUGGGUUCAGCCUGAUCAUGGUCAUGGGAGGCAUCGCAGUGGGAUUAUUCACCAUCUGCCUCGUGGUCAUUGCCGUGAUGAUGUGCAAGAGCAGGGAGAGCUUCAGAAGAAAGGAUGCCCCGAAGGGCUCCAGCAGCAGCGAGCCCAUGAUGCCGCCACAGAGCCAGCACGGCGACAGCUCAGAGGUUUGAUGACCACAGGUCGAAUUCAACCUUUGCCCCAAGUGCCUCAGAAAAGACUACACAGGAACCCCAAAUGCUGCUGGUAAACAGCAGAGAACUGGGGACUUCUGUGAUGAAGCUGCUCAAAGGACCUGACUAUACUAAUGUACUUUGAUUUGAAUACUGUCUACUUUUUCAUGCAUCAAAGGACAAAUUCACACCACAUCCUCCCGUUUGCCCAGAAGGUAGCAACAAUGUAGUCACAUGUACACAAAACCAUAGAUGGACCUCAAGGAAUGUACUUCUCGUGUUAGGCAUAUUCUCUACACCAUGGAGAUGAACCUGUUCAAAGGUGCUAUGAGACUCUCUAAGAAGUUUAAGAGGAGUCUAUUAUUGCUAUGUUAGUGUGAACUUUGAAGGUGCAAUUAUCACAUUGUUUAUUCAUUGUAUAAACAGAUUAUUACCAGAAAGGUUUUAAUUGGUAUUCUGGAAGAAUGGUGAACACACUGUUUAUUAUGACAAGUUUCUAAUAGGUGAAGAUGGCAUAGAAUUGUGACCAGGGGUAGCUCAACCCACAAAUCACCUUUUCUACUAUUUGGGAAUGAGAGAAAGGAAAGAUCGAGGGAAGGGAACUUGCUCACUUGGAUUCGAAUUGCUUCUCACCCUCAUCAGAUC